UGAGAAGCAUGCAUUUAAUUGUUUAUCUUACAGUUGAUUGAGUCAAAUCAAAUAAUGUUGACAACCAAGAAAUUGCGGAGAAUAUUUUUUUUUACUUUAGAUCCUGGCGCUUCACGGAUAUAUGCAAUCAGAUGUGAUUUUCAGUGCUAAGUUAGGUUCACUGAGGAAAGGAUUUAAAAAAGAAAUAGAUUUCACUUUUAUUAGAGCGCCACAUAAAGUACCAUCUAAGAAUGAUACUGGUCAAGAAGAUACAGAUGAAAACGGAUAUGGAUGGUGGUUUAAUACGGAAGAUCAUGUAUUUAAAGCUACUGUACCUAGUGAAUUGUGUGUAGGAUUUGACAACAGUAUAUCUUUAAUCAAGAAGACAUUUUCGGAACAAGGCUCUUUUGAUGGCAUAUUGGGUUUCUCACAGGGAGCUGCUUUUGUUAGUAUAUUAUGUGCUAUGAAAAAGAAGAAAAUAUUGCAAAUUGAAUUUGACUUUGCCAUUCUGAUAUCUGGAUUCAAAUCAUUAUGCGCACCUCACGCGAAAUAUUAUAAUGAAGAAAUUGAUAUACCUUCUUUACAUAUUUAUGGAGAAAAUGAUCAAGUAAUUCCAACAGUACUGCUUUUUACAGUAAUGGCAGAGCAAAUCAGUUGCCUUUUCCCAAAUAAAAAAGAGAUACGGCAUGAAGGUGGCCAUUAUGUACCAAGUAAAAAAGAUAUUUAUAGGGAUUUUAUAAUAGAAAUGCUUAACAAAUAUAAAAAUUCGAACAGUUAACAAUGACUUUCUUGUUUUAUUACUGAAUCUCAUUCCGCUAUUUCAGCAUGUAGUUUUAUUGAAGAAAACGUAGAUGUGUACGUGUACAUGAAUAAUAAGUAAAUAAAUUACGUACAUAUGUGAAUAAUAGAUAAACGCCAGAGGAUUUUUAAAAAUAUUAAAUAAAGAUAUAAUUAUAUAUAUAUUUUUUGCUGUCAUGUAGCAUGACAUUUCUUAUGAAUGUUACAAAAUUUUUUUAUCAUAACAUACAGUUAAAUGGUGUUGCUUAUAAAACUGUAUAAGUUAGACGAUAAUUAAUAGGAUACAAUAUCAAAUAGAACUAGAAAUUAAUUGGAGCAUUCAUAUUUUACAAUUAAUGUUUAUUAUAUAUCGUCUCAGAUCCAGUCUGCAUUAAUGCCAAUAGGAAGUGACUUUCAAAAAUUUGCAAUUUAGAUAUCCAUAUUAGGAUCACAUUUGUUAAAUAAGAAACACAAUGCAUAUUUUACAAAACAUUGCAUCUAUUUUUCCUUGCAGUGCAAGGAA